GAAAGGUGACAAUCACUCUAUGCAUACAACGAAGGAAAUUUGAAUAAAGAGUAGAUUUUAGCCUAUAGGAGAUCACCGAAUGGGGUGGGACUUGUCAUUAGUCGAAACAAUGAUAAUGGAAAAUAUUUGUUUUUCUUUCAGUCUGUGGUAAUAGCUUUGAGUAUAUUGCAGGUGUAGGCUUAAGAAGUUACCUUGUUUAACUCGCUGAGAAUUGGUUAUAGCCCAGAUAGUCAAUGGCAAUGCUCCAGUGUGGUUUAAGAGGUUAACUACGGCGCUCGGGUAGUGUUAGGUCGAGUUUUGUGACAGUGUGUACACAAAGCGUUCACUCGCAAGACAGUGUGAAUUGCACGGUCGAACGCCUUAAUGACACUGAGCCACGCUGUGAUUGGUUGAUCGCAUCAUUUGUCAAUAUGCCGUAAUGGUGUGACAGAUUAAAGAGAAUUUGAAAGGCAAAGACUUUAGUGUGUACUGUCAAUACAAGAGUGUAUCGCGGCAUGAUGACUGGAUGUGCAUCUAUGUUUAUGUGUGCUCGCUUAAUUCCCUUUAUCCUGGUGUUGGUUUAUCAUUUAGCGAACGGGGACAAGAAUAAAUGCGAGGAAAUCACGAUUCCGCUAUGCCAGAACCUCGGCUACAAUACCACAUACACGCCGAAUCGCUUUUUUCACGAAGACCAGAAAGAAGCGGCGUCAGAAGUGCAUCAAUUCUGGCCCUUGGUUCAAAUAAAUUGCUCUCCCGUGCUCAAAUUUUUCCUGUGUUCCCUCUACGCACCCGUGUGCGAUAAGGUUUACGACAAGGAACUUCUGCCAUGUCGUAAGGUCUGUAAACAAGCGAAAGCGGGCUGUCUAGAUUUGAUGACAACCUACGGUUUUAAAUGGCCGGAGAAAAUGGAAUGCCACUUAUUCCCCGAGAAGAAAGACGAUCCGUUGUGUAUGGCACAAGAAGACGGAGCGCCCUUACCGACUCGGGGAGCGUGGCCUUCGGGCUUUACCUUCUUUCCCCUUCCUUCGAAAAUUCCAACAUCAAUAGAUGAGAGUUCUAAAACCUCGCGUACCCGAGGACCACCGAGACCAACUCAUGUAGGUCGUGGCUCGAAAUCGUUUGUCACCACGCCGUCACCUCGAGGGCAAGCCUGUCAAUGCCAGUGCGCUAAGCCGUUUAUACGUGUCGACAAGAAACUAGAACGCCAUAUCGGAGACGUACCGAACUGUGCCUUGCCAUGCAACGCGUCGUACUUCAGUUCAAAUCAGAAACGUUUCGCCACGGCGUGGGUGACAUUAUGGUCAACUAUGUGCUUCGUUUCGACCUUCCUUACGCUCGCAACAUUCUUUUUGGACACGGCUAGAUUUCGGUAUCCUGAACGACCGGUUAUAUUUCUAUCGAGUUGUUAUCUGUUGAUGUCGUUUGGAUAUAUAAUGCGUCUGAUAGCCGGCGAAGACGCAGUGGUCUGCGAUAGCGACGACCUCAUAGCGCACGAAACAACUGGACCAGCUUUAUGUACUCUGGUAUUCUUACUGACCUAUUUUGGUGGCAUGGCUUCGGCGCUCUGGUGGGUUAUUUUGGCUUUUACGUGGUUCUUGUCGGCCGGUUUGAAAUGGUCCAACGAAGCGAUUGCAAACGUAUCGCAAUACUUCCAUAUUGUUGCUUGGUUGAUACCUUCCGUGCAAACAAUCUCAGUAUUAGCAAUGUCUAGCAUAGACGGUGACGCUUUGAGCGGCAUAUGCUCGGUUGGAAACCAAAAUAAGGAUAGCCUGGUCGCGUUCGUAGUCGUGCCUAUGGGAAUCUACCUAACUAUCGGUUCGGUGUUCUUGCUGGCUGGAUUUGUAUCAUUAUUCCGUAUCGAAAGAAAAUGCGAAGCGAUGGCAACAAUACAAACAAACUAGAAAAGCUCAUGGUCCGAAUUGGUGUGUUCUCCGUCCUCUAUACCGUCCCUGCGACUGUUACGAUUGGCUGUCACGUCUACGAAAUGUCGAAUCGCACGAAGUGGGAAAAAUGGUUGACAUGUUCCGAAACGCCUUGCAUCGGAGCGGAGAAAAUCGAACCCGAAUUCUCGGUGUUUAUGGUCAAAUAUUUCAUGUCGUUAGUCGUCGGGAUUAGUACGGGAUUUUGGAUUUGUUCAAUGAAGACUAUCGACUCGUGGCGCGAUUUGAUCAAACGGCACCUCGGAUCGAAAUUAAGACAGAAAAGUCCAGACGAACAAGCCGAGCAAACGGCGCUACCUUUGACCAAAAAAACUGAUGUUUAAGACUUAAUUUCAGUUUAGGGAUUCUUCUAGACUUUGGGGAACAGCCCGAAUAGUACAAGCGCGUCAUUCUCCGAAAAACGUCCGCCAAUGUCAGUCGAAAGUCGCAGCGCUUAAUUCGAACAGUUUAAGUUAAAACGAAGGGGGCUGGAAACCUGUAUUGGUACAGUUGAAUUUUGAUUUCCGGUUGUGACAAAAGGCGGGAAGAUGUCUAAACAGUUCUUAUAGUCUUUAGGAAUUGUUUAACAUUUUGAACUGCGGGGCCUUGCAAGGCUCUCCGCAGUCGAAAGCCGCCAUUUUGGCUGCGUAUGUACAUAAUUGAAAACAAUGUAUUUAACUGACGCCACGCAUGAUAAGUGGUAACACAUAGACUCUUACUGAUAUAUUGUAAAGAUCUUUGUACUCUGCUCAUGCUAGAAGCUGAGUAUUUGCGUAGUUUCAAUACGUAAACUUUAAGUUUAUAGUGUAAAUAAGAUUUAUUAAUAGGUACAAUUAUUUUUUUUGGGCAAACUAGAUAAUUUUUCUUUAAGCCAGAUUUGUUGUAAGAUGAAAGCUCGAACAUUUGUUCAGAUAAUAUCUUAGAGAUUAAAAGAUGCCUUGUUAAGUCAUUAUUCAUAAUAUUUACAAAGAGACGCUAUUUACGAAUACUUUUCGAUUAAAUUGCUUUACAUGUUAAUAAAAUUGGAUAAACUUCGUUAAUAAGUUAAUAAAUUAAUAAGAAACCUCAACGUUGCCUUCAAACAAAUCUGUGACUGUGUAUAGCUUUCAAAGUGUGGAAAAAGCUUGCGUUAUAUUGUCUUUUUGUGUGAUUAAAUGUAUACAUUUUUGAAUAAGUAAUGAGAUGUUAGCGUCGAAUGCAUGUAAUUAAACGUGCAAUAUUGGCAAAAGCGGAUAUCAGGGAUAAGUGCUUUUAACUUUUUGAAAGUUUCUUGUGUUUGAAGUGAAGCAAUAUUACAAGGGGAGGAGUUUCUAAGAGCUGUAAAUUAACAAGGGCGGCAGAUGUUGCGGCCGAGAAAUGAUUUUGCAAGUGCCCU